UAAACACACAAACAAAUGUCCAGGUCUUCAAAUUGCAUCUCCAGCAGCAUCGCGGAUCCUCCAAAACUGAACAGUUUUUUGAUUUUGAUGGGAAUGGUUGAAAGAGUUGGAACUUUUGUCAACAUCUACUUCGUUAUGUGCGGCCCAACUAUCAGCUUUUGCAAUGCAGCUGUGUUGGCUUCAAACCUGCUGGAUACAACGCAGUUGUUCUGAAACAUGCCCUCCGUCCUCUUUGAUGCCGAGGAGGUGAAGUAUUGCGAGGCUCCAUUUCCCAAAGUCCGCUUGGGCUUCAACAAACGAGCCGGAGCUCUGAACAUGAUUUACUCGCCGUCUGACGCAGCCUUGGAGCUUGUCUCUGAUGUCUUUGAUCUCCAGGUGCAGGUGGAAGGCAAGACUUGUGCCGUUGGGGCCAAGGACGCGGUGCGGUGCACGUGGUGCACGUCACCUCCUCCACAGGUGAUGGCGACCUUUGCCGACGAGGCCUUGGCCGUCAAGUUCGCGGGGCAUCUGAAAGGAACUCCAGAGGAGGUGGGAACUGCAGCUCCCAGCACUCCCGUGCGCCGUCCGUCGAAGCUCGGGAUGGAUUUGACUCCUCCACGCUGUGUGCGGCCCAAGCUGCAACCCAUGGCAGAAGACCUUGAGAAGGGUGAGGAGUGUAAGAAGGCCUAGGCGCAGGUGGAGUGCGGCUGUUUUUUUCUGAGCGUGGGCAUUGACAGUCACUCAUGGCUGCUGGUUCGACUGUUUGCCUGUCAUAGUUGGAAAGAACAGCAGUUCGCA